ACAAGUGUAUAUCCAAACAUUAAUGAUAAAUAAUAAUUUAUAGUUGUUACAUGGAAGUAAAUAAUGAGCCUGAUGAACUUUCAUUAUGCAUACGACCCGGUGCGUUACACAAACAAAAAGGGGAAUCAACUUACGCAACUGUUUCCUUCGAGAGUUCGGAUGAAUCGCUGUCGCGCUACAAAUGUAACUAUGAGAAUUGCAACCGGAGCUACAGUACGAUCGGCAAUUUGAGAACGCAUCUAAAGACGCACAAAGGCGAAUAUCGUUUCAAAUGCCCCGAAGAUGGUUGUGGCAAAGCAUUUUUAACCUCGUACAGCCUGAAAAUUCAUAUUAGAGUUCAUACGAAGGUUAAGCCGUACGAAUGCAAUGUGGAGGGAUGCGAGAAGGCCUUCAAUACGCGCUACAGACUACAUGCUCACCUGCGCCUGCACAAUGGUGAGACUUUUAACUGUAAUCAGUGUCAUAAAUGUUUUACAACGUUAAGCGAUUUAAAGAAACAUAUGCGGACCCACACUCAAGAGAGACCAUACAAGUGUCCUGAGGAUGCAUGUGGCAAAGCAUUUACAGCAUCGCACCAUUUGAAAACGCACAUUCGCACCCACACUGGAGAGCGGCCAUACCCCUGCGAAGAAACCACGUGCCAAAAGUCCUUCAGCACCUCGCACAGUCUAAAGUCGCACAAGAAGACUCAUCAAAAGCAAACCCAGAACCGUUGCACCAGAGAGAGGAAAUCAAAAAAUCGAAACAGAAAACCUGAAGCUAAAGGCGAAAUUGACGAUAUCAAACAGGAAGAGUCUGUUGGCGAUGAAACAAAUUCCACCUACAAUAGUAGCGAAUUCGAUGGCAGUGAAUUCCAGAUUCCAGUGAAGGCUGUUAAAGCCGAAGCAGUUGAAUGUAAAAUUGAUGAUCUAUAUUCCUUACGGGUGCCGCAGAUAAAAAACUCGCAAUAUACGGUCCUAGCUCCGAAGAUUGAAAGCAUGCCAUUGCCGGAAAUGGGUCAAGCUUUACAAGUGGCUUAUGCCACAGAAGAAGAGAUACCGACACCAUCAUGGUCGCAGGGAGUAUUGGUGUCGAAUCCUAUUCUACCAAUGGCCCCAGUCUCAGUUCAGAGUAUGGCCAUUCCCACCGAAGUCCCCAGUUACGUAAACUUACAAUCGAAUUUCGCCAAUGCCAUGUCGACAAUUAAUACUAAUCCGCAGCAAUAUUCGAGUGCCUUAUCAACCACCAAUAAUCUAAUGGAAAUUGACAAUGAUCAAGGCGCAAAUUCCCACAACAGUAUUAACAACAACGACAAUCAAGUUCAGAAACAAUUACCACAAAACCACUUGAACAGCAAUCAAUCAGUUACGGCAGCAUCAAAUAAUUCUGUUGAUAUAUUGCCGCUUCAGGAGAACAUCGAAGAGUUAUUAAUGGGCUCCACCGACUACAGCAGUGAUGCAGAUAUGGAAACUGAGUCUUUAUUGAAUGACAUUCUGAUGACCAUUGACAACAAUACCAGCUUAUUGCAAGAAACACUACAAAAGGCAGACGAAGUGCCCACUGAUGGUUCCGGCUUAAUAGAGGUCGAUCUGCGAAACAAUAAGCCCACAUUGAAGCAAAUAACCGCUGAUGCAGGCAUUUGCAGUUGUGUUAAUUGCAAAUGUGACAAAACUAAAGAUUGUCAAGGUGGCUGUUCAUCGGAUAAGCCGUGUGGUAAGAAGUCGUCAGCAGGGGCUACCUCAGGUAACCAUCCAAUGCCAAAAACUUCAUCGAAAGGAUGUUGCGGAACAAAUAAGAAAGCAAAUAAGGUGUCGAAUAAGCGUGAAUCAGAUCUUAAUCAGAACAUCGAGGAUGUUGCAUUGCUUUUACAAAAUCUAGCUUCCAUGGAUGGUAAGGACGGUUGUUGCGGCGGUGGUAAGAGGGAGGGCACAUCAGCUUGUUCACUUACGACCACUAACAAUCCGCCAAGCCAGUGUUGUCCAAAAUCACCUACCGUAAAUACAUCAUCUUGUUGCUCUUCCGGAACUCCAACACCAGCGCCAUCAUGCUGUUCUGUGCCACCGCCAAAAGCCACGACCAAUACCAGUUCUUGUUGUUCUACAAAUGCACAUCCAUCGACUCCAGACGCUACCCUGAAAUCGAUUAAAAGCGACAGUUGUACGUGUAAGAAUCCCUCGGAAGGUGUGGCCAAUGGAUGUUGUGUUGUUAUAUGCAUCAAAACAUUAAGGGCUUUGCGCAAAGUUUUAACUAAGAAGAACCUAAAUCUUGUACUUUGUCCGCAAAAUCAGUCAAAUUCAAAUAACUAA